AUGGCCGACUACUGGAAGUCUACGCCCAAGUACUGGUGCAAAAACUGUUCCGUAUACGUCACCGACACGAAGUUUGGCCGCGCUAAUCAUGAGGCUACCGGCAAACAUCAAUCCGCCGUGCGGCGCGCUCUGCGCGACCUCCAUCGCGACCACGACAAGCAAGAGCGGGAGCAGGAGCGGGCACGCCGCGAGGUGGCACGCUUGAACGGAAUAGUCGAUGACAGUGGCGAUAAGCUGGGUCCUUUGCGUCAGUCUGCCCGACCACUACAGGCGACCCCCAGGACAGCGGCAGCAGAGACAGCGGCAACAGCACCACACGCGCAACUAGAGCAACUGGCAGAGCUGGGCGUCAGCAUUCCCGACGCAUUUCGAGGAGAGCUAGCCAUGGCGGGCGACUGGACGGUAACGACAACGCGAAUUGUCGAUACCACUCCAGGCAGUGCCUCAUCAGCAGGGGCCCGGGCAAUUGGUGUUCGCAAGAGGAGAAGGGAUGGGGACGCGGACAACGACGGGGACGAUGCGGAGGAUAUGGGCGGUGGAGGAGGAACCAGUGGCACUGGUGGGAAUUCUGGACUGGAUCUUGAUGCCGCCGUCCAGGGCCUCUUCAAGCGACCGCGACAAUGGGGGCGUGACUCGAAAACCAUGCCCGGCUGCGAUGGGGACCUGGACAACCUGCUCACUAGCGUGUUGAAGACGCCGACAAUAUCAAUAAAAAAGGAUGCAGAGACUGUAAAAAAAGAGGAAGAAAACGAGGAAAGAAAAGAGAAGGAGGGCGGUAGCAACGACACAGAGAAGCCAGAGGAGGGACAGCAAGAAGGCACACCAGCUACAGUUGGUCCAGGGGAACAAGACGAAGCGAAGACAGCGUCCAUCAAGAUAAAAAAGGAGGAAGAAGACGGCGACGGCGACGAGGGCGGAUCCGGCCCUGCAGCUCCAGAGCCAGGGCAGGACGCAGCGCCUGCAGGGGCGAUUCUCUUCAAAAAGAGAAAGGCAAAGCCAGCACGACACAGGUAG